AGAGAAUGAGAUUCUAGUCCUCCAAGGGUUAAACCCACAGAGACCUGGUUCCUGGAGAGGCAGGAAAUGUCAAAACGGGGACUAUAAUGUCGGAUGCACUUGUAUAGUGGUUGUUAUUACAGUAUUGUUAUGAUUGUUAUUCCCGGAAGGGAAAGAGGCUUCCUGGGAUUCCUUCGUGCGGAGAGGAGAGCUUUGUGCGCGUAACGGGCCCGGCAGGAAGGCAGAACAAUGGCAUCAGGGGUGCAGUCUGGGCCAUAACUUCCUUGUGGCGCAGCGGAAGGAGCUGCCAUGCACUCAUCUCAGCAGUUGGUGUCCUUUGAAGCAGUGGUUGUGUAUUUCAGCAAGGGGGAGUGGGAUCUCCUGGGUCCAAGCCAAAGAGCUCUCUACAAGGAAGUCAUGCUGGAGAAUUAUGAGAGUGUGGCCUCUCCAGAAAUUCCCAAACCAGACCUCAUCUCUCGUCUGGAAGGAGGUGAAGAUCCAUUUGUCUGGAACUGCGAGGAAGUAGAGAGAUUGGCAGGAGGUGAUCAGUACAACACUGAAAACUAUAGUGAGCCAGCAGGAACACCCAAGCAGAAAGCAAGAAAGGAGAUGCUUGGAAGUCCAUCAGGACAAAAGAGACCUGAGGGAAAUCAAAGAAAGAAUGGAAGGAAAGAAUCCUCUACUUCUCUGGGUGCUGAUGACCUUGAACUUCUGAACCCAGAAUAUCACCAAAGAAAGCAACUGAAAAAGUGUCCCAUCUUUGGGGAAAUGAUCAAAGAUAAAUCAGUACUAAAUAGAUACCACAGAACCCCCACUGGGGUGAAACUAUAUGAUUGUAUGAAAUGUGGGAAGAGCUUUAGAGAUAGGGGAACUCUCACUAGACACUGCAAAACCCACACCGGGGAGAAACCAUACAAGUGCAUGGAGUGUGGAAAGAGCUUUAGAGAUAGGGGUAGUCUUACUGAACACAAAAGAACUCACACAGGGGAGAGACCAUAUAAAUGCUUAGUAUGUGGGAAAAGCUUCAGUGCAAAUGGAAACCUUAAAGCACAUAAAAGAAUCCACACCGGGGAGAAACCAUACAAGUGCAUGGAGUGUGGAAAGAGCUUCAGAAACAGUGGAACUCUUAGUGAGCAUGAAAGAACUCACACAGGGGAGAAACCAUAUAAAUGCUUGGUAUGUGGGAAAAGCUUCAGCGUGAGUGGAAGCCUUAAAACACAUGAAAGAAAGCACACAGGGGAGAAACCAUACAUAUGUAUGGAAUGUGGAAAGAGCUUCCGUGACAGUGGGAAUCUUGUCAUACAUGCAAGAACCCACACAGGAAUGAGACCAUAUAAGUGCGAAGAGUGUGGAAAAAGUUUUAGUGUGAAUGGAAGUCUUACUAAACAUAAAAGAAUCCACACAGGAGAGAAACCAUAUAAAUGUAUGGCAUGUGGAAAGAGCUUCCGUGAUGGUGGAACUCUUAGAAAACAUGAAAGAACCCACAUGAAUACUCACCGAGCUGCUCCCUGGUUUGCCGGAUGCAUAAAUUUGAUGUAUAAAUGCACCAAAAGCAACCACAACCCUGCAACUUUCCAUCUGGAACGAAGAACGACGUGCGCGCAGGGCGCCGCUUUGCGCACAGGGAGGAGAUGCAGCCCUGCGAGGGUUAAACAAACUGAGCUCCUAGAGAGGCAGGAAGUUUUGAAACCGGGGGAAGGCCUUCGCCGACGCACCUCCAUUUGGAUUUGGAGGAAAGAAGCUCGUCGUCGGGAUUCCCAGGAGACGAAAGAGGCGAUGAGAGCAAUGGCAUCAGAGGCCCAAUCUGGAUCAUCGCUUCCUGGAGCUGGAGUGGAAACUUCUGCCAUGGACCCAUCUCAGCGGCUGGUGUCCUUUGAGGAGGUGGCCGUGUAUUUCAGCAAGGGGGAGUGGGAUCUCCUGGGCCCCUGCCAGAGAGCUCUCUACAAGGAAGUGAUGCUGGAAAACUAUGCAAAUGUAAUGUUUCUGGCUGAUCAGCGGGACAAGAGUUAUAGUGAGCCACUGCAAACAGGCCAGCAUAAAGCAGGAGAAGAGAUGUUUGGACAUCAAAGGGAGGGAAAUAGGCUAGAAGGAUACCGAUCGAAGAAUGGGAGGAAUAAUUUUUCUAUUUCUCAAGGUGCAGAUGACCAUGAAGUCCCAAACCCAGAAGACCACAAAAGAAAUCAACUGAAAAAGUGGAUAGUGUAUGGGGAAAUAUGCGAAGAUAAAUCUGUGUUAAAUAGACAUUCCAGAACCCACACAGGGCAGAUCCUAUAUAAAUGCACAGAAUGUGGAAAGAGCUUCAACAAGAGAGGAAACUUCAUUGUACAUCAAAGAACUCACACAGGGGAGAAACCUUUUAAAUGCAUGGAGUGUGGAAAAAACCUCAGUGAUAGGAGAAGUCUCAUUGUACAUCAAAGAAUCCACACAGGGGAGAAACCAUAUGAAUGCCUGGAGUGUAGAAAGAGCUUCAGUGAUAGAAGAAGUCUUUUUGUACAUCAGAGAACCCACACAGGGGAGAAACCAUAUAAGUGCAUGGAGUGUGGAAAGAGCUUCACGGUGCAUCGUAGCCUUACUUCACAUCAAAGAACCCACACAGGAGAGAAACCAUAUCAGUGUAUGGAAUGUGGACACAGUUUUAUUGAUAGAGGGUAUCUUGCUAGGCAUCAAAGAAGACACACAGGAGAGAAACCCUAUAAAUGUAUGGAAUGUGGAAAGAGCUUCAUUGAAAGGGGAAAUCUUGCAAGGCAUCAAAGAAAUCACACAGGAGAGAAACCAUAUCAGUGCAUGGAGUGUGGAAAAAGCUUCAGUGAUUCACGAGCUUGUUCUAAACAUCAAAGAACCCACACAGGGGAGAAGCCAUAUCAAUGCAAGGAGUGUGGAAAAAGGUUCACUCAUAAUGGAAGCCUUAAUGUACAUUUGAGAACCCACACAGGGGAGAUGCCGUAUGAAUGCUUGGUGUGCACAAAGACCUUCACACAGAAAGGUCACCUUAUUUCACACCAGAGAACCCACACAGGAGAGAAACCCUAUAAAUGCUUGGUGUGUGGAAAUACCUUCACUCAGAGAAGUAACCUUAUUUCACAUCAAAGAACACACACAGGGGAGAAACCAUAUCAAUGCACGGAAUGUGGAAAAAGCUUUAGUGAUAGGAGAAGUCUUACUGUGCAUCGAAACACCCACACAGGGCAGAAACCACAUGAAUGCACAAAGUGUGAAAAGAGCUUCAGUGAUAGGAGAAGUCUUAUUGUACACCAGAGAACCCACACAGGGGAAAAACCAUAUAAAUGUAUGGAGUGUGGGAAAGGUUUUUGUGAAAGAGUGUAUCUUGUUAAGCAUGAAAGAAGGCACACAGGAGAGAAGCCGUAUCAAUGCUUGGUGUGCACAAAGACCUUCACACAGAAAGGUCACCUUAUUUCACACCAGAGAACCCACACAGGAGAGAAACCCUAUAAAUGUUUGGUGUGUAGAAAGGCCUUCGCUCAAAGAAGUAACCUUAUUUCACAUCAAAGAAUGCACGUAAGUGAGAAACCAUAAAAAUGUAUGGAAUGUCAGAAGAACUCUAGCAAAAACAGAAACCUUACUAUAAUUCACAGAAUAAGGAGGGAGAAACUUGUCCUAGUGCUAUUUUUCUUACUUGGUGGCCGGCCAACUUAAUUGGUAUCAAGGGUAUAGCUGGUAUAAAAGCAGGGUCCGCAGCACAGCCAUAUUGAUUCCAGAAAGGCACUGAUGCAAUGGAAGACCAGUUAGUACCAGGAACUGGGAGAGAACCUGAAACUAAGCCAAAGGUUCCCAAUAGCAUUGAAGGAAUUGAACAUUUAAAAUAAGUAAACAAUGUAUACAGUUGAGUUUGGGAAUUUGGAGUUGUAUCCAUUUCUGCUCAUGCAACAAGACCUCGCCUUCCUCUCCCCAACUGCUCCUAACAUCUAUUGUGUUUGGGGCAAAUUUUGAGAGAGCCUGGGGCAGAGAUCUGAAGUCCCAGAAAAGAACUUAGAAAUUGGGGGGACAUGACAUAGGUUUGUUUCCUUAUUUUUUCCUGGUUUCCAUCAAUAUUUUGGAAACAAAUGACGAAGUGUGGGGAGGGCAGAUUCCAGAGUUUAUCCAGGCCUCCACAUCUCUAGCCUGGGAGUGGGGCUGCAGGGGAAGGGAGAGGGGAGUUCUGUUGCUUAAGUGGAACAGCAGCCUUGGGUGCAACAUCAUGUAGUUAAUUGGCUUCCUGGAGUGGAAGGGUCAUAGCUCAGUGGAAUAGCACCUUGCAAGCAGAAGCACACAGGUUCAAUCCCUGACAUCUCAGAAUGUCUCCACCCUCAUCUUUCACUGAGGUCCAGCUCCGAGGACCUUCUGGCGGUUCCCUUCCUGCAAGAUAUGAGGUUACAGGGAACCAGGCAGAGGACCUUCUCACUGGUGGCGCCCGCCCUGUGGAACACCCUCCCAUCAGAUGUCAAACAGAUAAACAACUAUGGCUUUUAGAAGACAUCUGAAGGCAGCCCUGUUUAGGGAAGUUUUUAAUGUUUGAUAUUGAAUUGCUUUUUAUUUUGUUGGGAGUACCCAGAGUGGCUGAGGAAACCCAGCCAGAUGGACGGGGCAUAAAUAAUAAAUUAUAACCUUGCAGGGUUUCGAAGUACACAAGGGACUCCCUUUGGCUUCCAGGCUAGACCUUGCAUCUCGAGUAGAUCCCUGAUGGGGAAGCUUUCUUACGGCUACACUUCCACUCUUAUUGGCUCUGAAUGUCAGUUGGUAGGUGCAAGGUAGCUUGGGAUGCUGUGGUGAUCUUUGUCGCUUUGUAACGGAAAUAUAUCACCUCCCCAAACAGGAAAGGAUUUGACGGAAAUAUCCUGAAUCUAGGAUGAGAGAUUCCCAUGUGAUGAUGGAGUCCCAUUACGUGAUGAUGCUUGUCCUGCCUUAAUACACGUGGGUCCGUGGCAUUCUUAUAAGCUCUUUAUACAGAUUUCUUUAAAAAGUGAAUAUAAACAGUAGUAUAAAGAACCGAAAACACCAGAGUCUUUCAUACACUCCUAAUCUUCAACACCCAAAGAGGCCCUCCUUCUUCCUCUGAGCCUGCCAGUCCAUGUCUGAUCCAAAUUGGGCCACAGGGAAGGAACUGGGUUGCUUAAAAAAUUAAAAUGUAUGUAAUUGUUUUGGCCAAAAACAAUUUGGCCACCUCAUGAGAAGAGAAGAAUCCUUGGAAAAGACCCUGAUGUUGGGAAAGAUUAAGGGCACUAGGAGAAGGGGAUGACAGAGGACGAGAUGGUUGGACAGUGUUCUCGAAGCUACCAACAUGGGUUUGACCAAACUGCGGGAGGCAGUGCAAGACAGGAGUGCCUGGCGUGCUAUGGUCCAUGGGGUCACAAAGAGUCGGACACGACUAAACGACUAAACAACAACAAUUGUUUUGGGGAUUAUGGGAUUCAUAGGCUUCCUGAGUAGUAGCAUUGCCUAACUAGAAAAGGAAGCUACUAAUUAAUAUUGCUUAUCUGCAAACAAACUGUGUCUAACAUAAGAUGGAGUUAAUGGUUUUUGCUUUAAAGCUCCGAAAUGUUUGUACAUUGAAAUGCAGGACAAAAAGUAACUCCAGGUUAUAAACCUGCAUUGACAUUUAGAUCUGGAGGAUCUCACAAAGUGAAAGAGUCACCAUAUCGGAGAAUGAAGAAAGCAAGACUUUAAUGGUGACUGUUAGGGGAUCAUUGGGUGUACAUUUGCUCCAGAUGCACAUUUGCUCAAUUUUGGGAAUGGCUUUUUCUGUACGUAACCAUUCUUAUGUUAAACCUUUCCCCCUAAGAACCGCCUUUUCUAAACUUACAGUAAAUCUUUUAACUUAAUUCAUAAAACUGUGUCGUCUCUUAAUUUAUAUCCACCCCUAAGCCAAACCUCAUACUCUACCACGAAGUGUUCUCGAAGAGACAGAAGAAGUAUAUUUAACUACUGUAUUGUUUAUUUUAGGAUGUUUAGUGAAAGGCAGCCUGGCAAAAUAAAGACAUUUCACCUGGUAGCAGCAAAAAGGCUUCCCAAGAUGUUUUGGGCUACGUGUUGCUUCAGCCGGACAUGGAAAUGAUUUCAUUAAGGGAGAAAAUGUACUGUAGCUUGUGUUUCCUCACUGGCUCUGAGAAAGUUGAUGAAAAUAAUGAACACAAAUAAGAAGCAAAGGCCUGAGGAGGCAACAAGUACAGCAUUCUGGGUAAUCUCUGUAAAAGGAGAUGGCCCCAGAUUCAUGCUCUAAAAUGGGUGGCAAACAUUUUUUGGGCCUGAGGGUCAUAUUCAGGUGUGGGUGUGAAUUAAGGCUGGUGUCAUGGGUCCAGCUCAGAAAACUUGUGGUCUGUCAAGAGCGUCUGAGGACUAGAUGGGACCAGAAGGCCCAUUUGGCCCCUGGAGCUGAAGUUCCCUAUUCCUUCUCUAAAAAGAUGGGUCCCUCAGGCUUGGGGUUACAUGAGACAAAAGGUAUACUACCGGUAGUUGUUUCCAGUGUGGCAAUAUUAAAUACACUCUUGAAGCACACAUUUUUUGGGGUGUGGGUGUGUUCCCCAUUGAAUAAAGCACUGUAAACUGUGGGCCAUUGUAAUGGAUUGCUUUGAAGUCAUUUCUGCACCAAGC